AUGGCCUACCCUUCAGAUGAGGAGGGCGACUCAAUUGAGGGCGAUCUCGCCCCGGCGCCGAUUAAUCGCGGGACGAGGAAUGCUGAUGGCUCAUUCGCCCGGUUGUCGACAGCUAUCCGAAGAAGUCUGAGGCUGCCGCUCCGGAAGGCUUCAAGGCAGCAGGGGCAACUGCAUCGGAAGUUGACAACUGCCGAGAUCGCCGUGCUGCAAGUGCCUACUUUCUCAAAGUAUGCAAAUUUGCCGAUCCUGGAGUCGGAAAUUCCGUCGCGAAUAGACGUCAUUGUCGAAAAUCGGAGGCUGAAUCGACAGGAUAAGGUGAAAAAACUUCUACGAAAAGGCGGCUGGCCGGUGAGCCAUGAAGUUCGACAAAAGUUGUGGACCAUCCUGUGCACGGACAAGAAUUACGACAGUAUGCGAACGGUUUACGAGCACAAGCUCAGGGAGGAGACGUCGGGAGCGCCACAUGCCAAAGUCCACCACCCGGUUUUCCUGAAGGACGAGGGAGCGGUGCACAACAGUUUUGAUCUCAAUGAAGAUGGCACGAUGAGGUUGUUGCGGCUCCUCUCGAUGAUUGAGAACGAUCAUCCCACUUUGACUUCAGCACCCUUUCUCUACCCCCUCUGCGCGCUGUUGCUGCACUACAUGUCCGACGGCGAGGCGUACGCGUGCACCGAGUUUUUGCUGAGAAAGGGGUUCCUCAUCAAGUCGACGAAGGAGUGGUACGCCACGGCUCAUACGCUUUUGGCGCUGAUCAAGAAACACAAAACAUCAACUUAUUCCUUGCUGAAAAAGCGGUGCAAUACUUCCGACGAUGCGGUGAUGGUCGAGACGAUGCGUGACUACUUGCAAUGGAUUUUCCGCGGCCUUCCACUCCCGUACGUCGUGCGCGUGUUGGACUGUUUCCUCGUCGAGGGCCAGAAAUUCCUAAUGCGAGCGGCUAUUGCUAUUGUCUACAUUUGGUCGAAGAUGCAGAAGGACGUCAACGAUGAUCGCUACUCCGGAAUGGGCCAACAAGAACGCAUUCAAGCCGUCAAAGAAGACUUGCUUGCUACCGCCAGGCAGUGCCAGAUUUCCCCCGACACCUUCAUCGAAACCUGCAUCCGGAUCCGAAACCUGAAAAGCGCCACGAUUCAGCGAUACCAGGAGCACUAUGAGAAAGUGGUUGCCAAUGAGGUCGAGGAGAGAGCCAGCAAAUCCCUCAGCCGGCGACCGAAAGCCCGUCUCUUCACCGACGUUUUUCAGAGUGUAAUCGUUGAUGCCGAGCAAGCCUCAUUCAUCAUGCAAUCCCUACCACCCCGUCUCCAGCUCAGCACCCCGCAGCUCCUAUUCAGGCUCAGCAAAGACGGAGCGUCAUUUACGCAGCUGUGGAAUAAGGUGGACGAGGCCGACCAGUCGAUCAUCAUCAUCCGAUCAGUCAUGGGAGAAGUGUUCGGAGCCUACUGUAGCGCCUCAUGGUCCGAGCGGAAUGAUAGACACGAGCGGAUGAGGACGAAGUAUUUUGGCACCGGCGAGAGCUUCGUAUUUCGGGUGGAUAAAAAUGACAUUGCUGACCUGCCGAUCAUCUACAACUGGGUGGGGACGAGCGGGGAGCAGCCCGAUCAGGCGUGUCAGAUGUUUAUGGCAGCUGUC